CAAACUCCCGACUCUCCAGUCCACCUUUGGCUUCGUUGUUUCGUUGCCAUUAUACACAUCGACCAAACCUCCGCAUUCUCUUCCAGAUUCAAUCUCAAGUCCCCGUGACUUUCUCCCUGGAAUUCAUGGGUUUCUCCAAAUGGAUCUCUCUGGUUUUCAUUCUCCAUGAGUCUCUUGCACUACCCGUUUUUUCAAAGUCCUCUCUGAGCCCCGAAGAUUCAGCUCAAAUCCCAGUGAACUUCCUUGACUUUGCGAAAAGGCCAGAGCUUUCUGAUUGGAUGGUAGAUAUUAGGAGGAAGAUACACGAGAACCCAGAACUUGGGUUUCAGGAAUUUGAGACCAGUAAAUUUAUCAGAGCCGAGCUUGACAAGAUGGGAAUUGCCUACAAAUACCCAUUUGCUGAAACAGGUUUUGUUGGCUAUAUCGGAACCGGUUCACCGCCUUUUGUCGCCAUUCGAGCGGAUAUGGAUGCUCUCGCUAUUCAGGAGAGUGUAGAGUGGGAGUACAAAAGUAAAGUUCCUGGGAAGAUGCAUGCAUGUGGGCAUGAUGCCCAUAUUUCCAUGCUUCUUGGUGCUGCAAGGAUUCUUCAAGAGCAUCGCGACGAGUUACAGGGAACGGUUGUCCUUGUUUUCCAACCAGCUGAGGAAGGAGGUGGUGGAGCAAAGAAAAUGUUAGAUGAUGGAGCACUGGAGCAUGUUGAUGCCAUUUUUGGGCUGCAUGUUUCUUCUCGUUUUCCUGUUGGUGCAGUGGCCUCCAGGUCUGGACCUCUAUUGGCCGCGAGUGGUUUCUUUGAGGCAGUAAUUAGUGGAAAGGGAGGUCAUGCAGCCAUUCCCCAGCACACAAUAGACCCAAUCUUAGCAGCUUCCAACGUAGUUGUUAGUUUGCAACAUCUUGUUUCCCGGGAAGCCGAUCCCUUGGAUUCACAGGUAGUUACUGUUGCUAAGUUUGAAGGAGGUGGCGCAUUCAAUGUUAUUCCAGAUUCUGUUACAAUUGGUGGAACUUUCAGGGCAUUUUCAAAAGAAAGCUUUAUCCAACUUAAACAUAGAAUUGAAGAGGUCAUCACAAAACAAGCCAGCGUACAAAGGUGCAAUGCAACUGUCAUUUUUAAUGAAAAUGAAAAGCCCUUUUUCCCAGUGACUGUAAAUGACAAAGAUCUGCACAAGUACUUUCGGGAAGUUGCGGGGGACAUGCUAGGCACCCAGAACGUAAAAGAAAUGCAACCACUGAUGGGAUCAGAAGACUUCUCAUUUUAUACAGAGGUGAUUCCAGGAUACUUCUUCUUCAUUGGGAUGAAGAAUGAGACUCAAGGACAGUUUGAAGAAGGGCAUUCCCCCUACUUUAGGGUUAAUGAGGAUGUGCUUCCAUACGGAGCUGCACUACAUGCAUCAUUAGCCACGAGGUACCUCCUUGAAAAUCAACCCAAAGCUAAUCCACCAAAGGGGAGCUUUCGUGAUGAACUGUGAAGCGCCAAAGAAAGCAUGUGGUUUAUGGCUCACAGUGCUGGGACUGGAGCCAAGCCUUGCUCUUAACGAUAUGAAGCAUUUGCACAAUUUUGAAUUGUAUGUAAAUUUGAUAGAAGAAACAGCAAUAGUGGUGUAUUUGAGUUAUUAUCUAUAUUUUAAGACAAUCUAUCUCAA